AUGUCAGAACAAGUGCUAGAUCAAAACACUUGGCCCAAAGAAGCAGAAGCCGCCAUCAAUGAUAUAAAAAAGCAUGUUAAAACUGCCUGCAUAUCCACUGCACUUAAAAACACCAACCAAUGUGUGUAUUUGAAUUUGACAACCUUAGAAGACCUUAAUUAUUGCAUUGAAAUGUCUGCGGCAGGGUUCCGAGUAGUUGGACGAAAAUAUGAUGACACAAACCUUGCAACUAUAGAAAAUAUGAACUAUGAGACUCCAUAUGCCUUAUUGAACAGUAUAAGCCAGAAGUACAGAGAAUCCUUUGGAGGCGAGCUAAUGAAUAAAUUACUCGAUUUAGCAAAGAAAACUGAUGGUUGA